UACAUUCGAUGGUUUUUCGGACAUAUACAUAAGUACAUAUACAACGGACAUGCAAUCAAUUUGUCAUCAAUAACCAAGAAUUAAUUGUUAUGGGCAUUCAUAUCAUGACUUGUUGUGACAAGAUCUCAACAUGUUUCUAAGUAUUUUUCUUCUCUUAAGUUUUUCAAUUUCAACACGAGGGAUAAUAAUAAAUGGAAUGCAAUGUCAGUGCACGUGUACUGAUCCGGAUUAUCCAAACCAAAAAAUAAGCAUCAACGGAAAUCUAAACGAGAAAACUAAUAAUCUAGAUUCAAUUAAAAUCUCGGUGAAAACCACUGAUGCAUCAACAAGAACACCAUUGAUAACAAGAGAAGCACAACAGUUGUCAACAAAAACACAAAAUAGGAAAGAACAACUAAAUGCUGUUAUUACAGAACCAAAAUCUAAUACGAAAUCUAAAACUAUUGACGUUGUGACGGCAACCGAUAAAAAAAAUUCCACAAACGAAAUUAAAGCUCCAAAGCUUAACAAUGUAUGGGAUGUAUUUGGAAAGAAACCGAAAAAGAAAGAGAAAGCAAAUACAGUUGUUGAUAAGAACGUAUGGAGUAUGUUUUCAGCGCCACCAAAAAAUAACAACAAUAAUGGAAACGUUCCCGGUAAUAAUCAGCAGUUUAACAAUAGGCAAAGUACCAAUUACUUCGACCAGAACAAUAAUAUGGGAAUGCAACGAAAUAAUAUGAACGGAAACAACAAUCAGUGGCAGACACAGAACAGAAAUAACGGCAAUAACUAUAACCAUAACAAUGGUAAUAUGAACAAUAACAACCAGUGGAGAAAUGGAAACACCAAUAAUAAUCAGCAAUGGAAUCCAAACAACAAUAAUAAUAAUAAUCAACAACAACAAUGGAAUCCAAACAACAGCAAUAAUAACCAACAACAAUGGAAUCCAAACAACAACAAUAAUCAACCAUGGAACCAAAACAACAAUAAUAACAAUCAACCAUGGAAAAGAAAGAACAAUAAUCAGCAAUGGAGCGGAAAUAAUAAUAUUGAUAAUCGACCGUGGAAUGGAAACAACAAUAAUAAUAAUCAACCAUGGAACCGAAACAAUCACAAUCGUCGUUCCAGAAACGAUGCAAUAACCACAAUGAAUCCACUAGACACUGCAGAAGCACUCUUUGGUACAUCUGAAGUGGAUCCUAAGAUACUAGAGAUACUGGCUAACCCAAAGAAAUACAAUCUAUAAAGUGAUUGUUCAACA